GAGCGGCCGGGCAGCGAGAUGGGGAAGAUGGCGGCGGCCGUGGCCUCUGCGGCGACGCUGGCAACGGAGCCUGGGGAGGACGCCUUUCGGAAACUUUUUCGCUUCUACAGGCAAAGCCGGCCCGGGACCGCAGAUCUAGGAGGGGUCAUCGACUUCUCGACGGUCCACACAGCUCGCGGCAUGGGUUCUUACGCCCACAAGGUGGUCAGAUCUCAGCUAAGUGUGUCCUCAGUCAGUGAGCACAAUGCACGUAGAGCAGGACUUCAGCCCGUCAGCAAAUGGCAAGCCUACGGACUUGAAGGCUAUCCUGGAUUUAUUUUUAUCCCAAACCCCUUCCUCCCUGGUUACCAGUGGCACUGGGUGAAGCAAUGCCUGAAGUAUUAUUCCCAGAAACCUAAUGUAUGUAACCUGGACAAACACAUGGCUGGAGAAGAGACCCAAAAUCUGUGGGAACAGAGCAAAGAGUUCCUGAGGUAUAAAGAAGUGAAUAAGCGACGGCCUCGAAGUUUACUAGAGAAACUACGUUGGGUGACCCUGGGCUACCAUUAUAACUGGGACAGUAAGAAAUACUCAGCAGAUCAUUAUACACCUUUCCCUUCUGACCUGGCUUUCCUCUCAGAGCAAGUAGCUGCUGCCUGUGGAUUUCAGGGUUUCCGAGCUGAAGCAGGUAUCCUGAAUUACUACCGUUUAGACUCCACCCUGGGAAUCCAUGUAGACAGAUCUGAACUAGAUCACUCCAAACCCCUGCUGUCAUUCAGCUUUGGACAGUCUGCCAUCUUUCUCCUGGGAGGUCUCAAAAGAGAAGAGGCCCCCACAGCCAUGUUUAUGCACAGUGGUGACAUCAUGAUAAUGUCAGGUUUCAGCCGCCUCUUGAACCACGCAGUCCCUCGGGUCCUUCCAAACCCAGAGGGGGAAAGCCUGCCUCACUGCCUGGAGACACCUCUCCCAGCUGUCCUCCCCAGAGAUUCAGUGAUAGAGCCCUGUUCUGUGGAGGACUGGCAGGUGUGUGCCAGCUACUUGAAAACUGCUCGUGUUAACAUGACUAUCCGACAGGUCCUGGCCACAGGUCAGGACUUCCCUUUGGAAUCUAUGGAGGAGAAAAAAACAGAUGUCACCCCCGAAGGUGUCUGCCAUCUGGAUGACCAGAAUAGCCCAGCAAAACGGGCCAGGAUCAACCCUGACAGCUGAGACCUGGACAUCCCAUUCUUUACUAAUACAGUUCUUACAGUAAACAACCACACUAUUAAUACUAAGUAGGUAAUAUUCUGUAUUGCCAUGGAUUUUUGCACCAAGAUAAGCCAAAAACAGACAGAAAAACUAAUCAUUGAUCACACUGUUGCCUUGGAACCCAUUCUGAAGACUUCAGAACCACUUCACUAAGAGAAGUGUUUGACCUAGUCCAGUCCUACUUAGAUGUUACUAAUGUGUGUUGAAAACUCAGUGCAAAGAGGUAUGUUCUUCUACAGCAACCUUCUCAGCCUCUACCAUUACCUCUCAGGGAGGGAGAAGUGAGUUUCUGUGUCUGCAGAGCCUUUAAAUACCUCAGAUUUUAUCAGUGGGAACGAUAGUAGUCCUGCCCCCCAUUUCUGGUGAUUGGUGGUAGUUGUGGUUCUGUGAACCAGCCAUCCGUCUCUUCUCAACUCCUACAGUUACCGUCAAAUUCUUCCAUCCUCUAGAAUCCUGUGCACAUUAACACAGUGGAACUGGGAAUCCUCUCUCCUGGGAAGGAAAGUAAUCACAACUCUCUCUCUGCCUAAAAAAUAUAUAAAUUCAAGGUAAGGGGAACAGUAGUUUCUCCACAUAUCCAUUUCCAUCUCCACACUCCCUAUUGGCUUUUUAAUGCAGUUUUAAUUGUUGGACUGAAAAAGUUCUGAGGGGCGUUUGUUGCUCUUUUUUCCAUGAAUAAACUGACUCCAUUUUAAAUUAAAGAUUUGUA